CAGUCAGAAAGCGGUUGCGAUAUCAUCAACAACAACGCGUCACAAAGAAUAUCUUUGAGUGAUUUAUAGUGAAUUUAAAUAUAAAUACAUCUAAAAUUAUUCUCAGGACAACAGAUGUGGUCCAUUUUAUACGAGGCACAAGAAUAAUUUUAGAUUUGCGCGGAAUUUUAAAGUGAAAAAUGACGGAUACUGUAAUUUCUACACCCUCGCCAAAUGGGAAGACCACUUCUAUAUUGACGCUGAAUAACUGCAGUUCGAGCACGUAUCUAACCUCGAAGACACAACUUGGCGAUGAAUACAAUCCAGGGGAUCAUCGCGACCAAGUUAAAGGUCAAUCUUCAGUUGGCGCUUUUGUGCAUUUACUCAAAGGUUCAUUAGGUUUUGGUAUACUGUCCAUGCCGAUGGCGUUCUACAAUGGUGGUUUGCUAUUCAGUAUGAUUGCCACGCUGAUAGUGGGCUUCCUUUGUACGCAUUGUGUACACAUUUUGGUCAAAACCUCACAAGAAAUGUGCCGAAACAAUCGAGUCCCUGCGUUAAGUUUUGCAGAAACCACCGAGAAGGUCUUCGAAAGCGGUCCGAAAUGUCUGCGUUCUUGGUCAGUCUUUGCGAAACGUUUCGUUGAUGGCGGGCUGAUGGCCACCUAUUUUGCUGCCGCUUGUGUUUACAUGGUGUUUAUUGCUACAUCAUUCCACGAUGUGAUCAACUAUGACACCGGUCUGAAAUGGGAUGUGCGCAUUUAUAUUGCAUUCACCGUGAUACCCUGCCUAUUAAUUGGACAAAUAAGAAAUCUGAAAUGGCUAGUGCCGUUCUCAGCCAUAGCGAAUAUAUUUAUUGCCAUCACUUUUGCCAUAGUGUUGUACUAUCUGUUUCGGGAGCCUUUGGUAUUCUCAGACAAACCUUUGAUGGCGAGAAGCGAACAGUUACCACUCUACUUUGCCACCGCCAUCUUUGCCAUGGAGGGUAUUGGUUCAGUUAUGCCGAUCGAGAAUUCCAUGAAGAAGCCGCAACAGUUCCUCGGCUGCCCUGGUGUGCUCAAUACCGCUAUGAUCAUUGUGGUGAUAUUUUAUACGGCCAUCGGUUUCCUGGGUUAUGCGCGUUUCGGUAGUGAAGUGCGCGGCAGCAUUACAUUAAAUUUAUUGGAGGGUACGCCUUUGGCUGACACUGCGAAACUGCUGAUCGCUGUCGCAUCGCUCUUCGCUUAUGGUUUAGUGUUCUACAUACCGAUCGAUACGCUUUGGAAAAAUAUUAGCCAUAAAAUCAGCGAAAAGAAUCACAACAUCGCACAGAUACUUAUACGCACGGGCAUUAUACUGAUCAGCGGUGUCGUUGCCACAGUCAUACCCAAUCUGGAGCCAUUCAUCAGUCUCGUGGGCGCCAUCUUUCUCUCAUUACUUGGCUUUUUGGUGCCAAGCGUUUGUGAGACAGUUUAUUUGUGGCCCGAUCGCUUGGGUUUCUGGCGCUGGAAGCUGUACAAGAACAUACUCUUAAGUACCUUUGCGUUAUGCGCUUUAGUUGCUGGCUCAGUGGCGAGCAUAAAUGAAAUUAUUAAAAUAUACCAGUGAUGUAUACUGUUAAGGCUCUUUUUAGAUUUAAAUUAUGUACAUAUAGCAUAUGAUAGUUAUGAUAGAAAGUCUAUAAAACUAGAAACUAGCCAAGCAGCAGCAUUUCUUAAAACUGUUUAUUUGUUGUAUGUUGUUGUUACAAUAAACCAAUUUUAAUACCUGUGAUUAUAAAAUUUUGAAAGCAAUUUUCUUUUGUAUAAAUAUUUUAAAUAAAAAU